CAAUUUUAUUUGUGUUUUGUUAUUACGUCCGAUUAUUAUUUGUGUCGACAGUUAUAAAUUAUUAUUUUUUUGCGGGCACACACGGAGAACAGUGAUCCAACGAGUUGGUUGCAUUUCUAUUGCCGUCAUUAUUUUAUUAUAUUCCAACCAAUUGGUGUAAUAUCGUUUUAAGUUUAUUGAAGGAGUUAUACCAAAUCGUUCAGGAUGGCUACAUUGCCUUCCCCAAAUGAAGUAGCUGGAAGUCACUACCCAAUUUAUGAAGCACUUUAUAAUAUGGUGGAUACUACAAAUAAAGGAAAUAUUGGAGCAAUGGAUGCAGCAAAUUUCCUUAAAAAGUCUGGUUUAUCACAAAUUAUACUUAGUCAAAUUUGGGAUUUAUCAGACCCAACUGCCAAAGGUUUCCUAACUAAACAAGGAUUUUUUGUGCACUUAAACUGAUAGCAUUAGCACAAGCUGGACGAGAAAUAUCAAUGACGAACAUCACUCAACAAACCAUACCACCUAACAUGGGCGAAGCAUCAAAACAUAUAGCAAGUAAAAUCCUAACAGCAGGUUUAGUUACUACUGUUACUAAUAUGAAUGACUGGUCAAUGAAGCCUUCAGAAAGAAUGAACUAUGAUAAAAUGUUUGAAUCAUUGAGGCCAGUAAAUGGAACAGUUGCUGGAGAUAAAGUUAAGGGAUUGUUAAUAGAUUCCAAACUAUCAGUAGACACUUUGGGAAAAAUUUGGGACUUGGCUGAUAUGGAUAAAGAUGGAAAGUUAGAUCAACAUGAAUUUGCUGUUGCAAUGCAUUUAGUUUAUAAAGCAUUAGAAAAAUAUGCUAUUCCUAGCGUUUUACCUACUGAGCUAUUACCUCCAGCAAAAAGAAAAAGUUCCACUAUGGCUAACUCACCUGUACCUGUUUUACCAGUGCUUACUUCUGGUGCUACUUCAAAUCUAGUCAAACAACCACCAAAAGUAAGUUUUUGGAUUAACCUAACAAGUAAAAACAAAUUAAUUUGACUAAAAUAUAUUAUU